AUGGUCUCCUCACAGUUCUCCCGGCUGCUUGCAGCAGAGAUCGACGGUCGUACCCAAAACCCCAGAUAUCGUCAGAAUGAGUUCCAUCGCCUACAGUCGGCCGUCAGCCAGCACAUAGACGAGAUCCAGGACGCCGUCCAGAAAGAUUCCGGGAAUGUACCUGAAGAAGUCCGCGCGGAGCUGUGUCUCGCGCUCAAGGAGAUCCGCACGCACUAUCUGACACUGAGUCUGGACAAGGACCUUGAAAAGGAGUAUCGCGUUAUAGCUGGCAAGGACAACGCAGACUCGCGGCGCGGCGCAGGCAUUGUCUACAUUGUUCCCAGCACACAUACCAUGUUUUACUCCAUUGUCUCAGCGCUCAGUGCGGCAUUGGCGGCUGGGAAUUGUAUCAUCCUCGAGGUGGAAAUUUUCUCUCAGGCCCUAGACGCGGAUACAUUCGCCAUCACCGAAGAGAGACCCGAUGCUGCUUUCCUCAGCAGGGUGCUCAUGGUCUCCCAAACCGGUUCCGCGCCGCUCGCCGAGCGCAGUCUGGUAUCGCCUAUGAACGCGCGAACUGUGGCUGUCGUCGACAGAACGGCAGAUGUUCCAGCCGCAGCUGAAGCGUUGGUCGCGGCUCGCUUCGCCUUUGGCGGCCGGUCGACGUAUUCCCCUGAUAUCGUGCUGGUUAAUGAGUUUGCGAUGAAGCGGUUUGUUGAGGCGGUUAUGCAGCAGGCGACCAGAUAUGUGGCUGGCCCUAACGGAGAGGCACGCCAGGGAGCGUCGACCCGCCGUCGAUUAUGUCCAACUGCCUCGCUUCUGGAAGCCGCGCAGAAAGGUGCGGGUACUCGCGUGCUUGUCUCUGGGUCCGGAUGGGGGGUGGUAGAGGUCCAUGAUCGAAACUCACCCCUCCUGACACAAAAAGUAGAGGCGAAAGUGCUCGUCCUUCAUCCUGUUACAAGUCUAGAUGACGCUAUUAACCUUAGCAACUUGAGUGGCACACUGGCAGCGACAUAUGCCUUCAGCAGCCCCUCCGCCGCCAAAUAUAUCACUCAGUUCAUCGACGCCUCCGUCUCGUGGAUUAACCACGUCCCCAUCGACAUGCUCAUCGGCCCCGCCUACCCUGUCAACACGGCUACCAGCACCGCCACCCGCUACGUGCCCGCUCUUCUCCAGGUCCCUCGUCCCCAGUUCGUCGCCGAAACAAACAACUCCGCCCUGGUGAAAAGUAUUCUCGACCCCUCCGACGCCACGAAAUCGGCAAACACCUGGCGCGAGGCCCUUGCCUCCUUGCCUUCUAUAGGUCAUCGCGCCGGCUGGAGAAUCGGGUUCUUCGAGCAAGGCAUAAUCACUGGGCUGAUUACCCUUGCGAUGUUCGUAGCGACGGUAUCUACUGUGGGGUGGUACACCUUUCAACCUAGCUUUGAAUUCGACUUCUUCAGGUUGGCAGUGUUUGUGUAG